AUGCCCCAGCUUUUGAAGUUGCCUUUGACACAGGUAUGUCGCUGCGCCUAUCUGCGCCGGUACACAGGGGUUGUGCAUGUCUGGCUCAACAUGGCAUCCGGCAUGUCUGGCCUGGUCCUGCCUCUUCCUUACGCUGCUCCUGCAAGGAGCCGCAAUGGGCCUGUGCAGCCUUUGCUGAGCUGCUCUGUUGAUCUGAGCACAACUUUCCUCCUCCUGCAGUAUUUUAGACAGCGGAAGCACAGUGGAGGUAGUCUGCCGGGAUUUGAAAUAGUGUCAGUUGGGCCAUGCUUAGACAAAACCAGAGACGUUAGUAACUGGUACGAGCAGUUGGAAGAAUACCAGUUUAUACCUAAAUACUUGUCUGGUCUAACUAAAACUGAUCAGUUUAAGAAGUGCCUACAUUUCCAUAGGGAGUUCAUAGUAAAACAUGAAUUACUACAGAAUGAUUUCACAGGGAGCAAAGUAUUAGAGCAGCGUGAAAGGAAACCAGCUAAGGAAAGAAAAAGUCUGAAAAUUGAUGGAAAGGAGCUCCAGAAAAUCUGGGACUGUGAUCCCCUCCAUUUCAAACAACCGCAGGUUGCUGAGAAAGUGUUUGAAGAUAUUUGUGACAGCUCUCUGAUAUUUGGUGAUAUUCUGAAGGAAAUUAAAUGUGUACACAUUGCAAUAUUUACACUGCACUUUCAAAAUGUACUGCCUGUGAUUCUGCAGUUGAGAUACUGGAGUGUGAAAGAGACUCAUGUUCACCAGUUUCUGCUAGUACUGCAGAAUGAAUUAGAAAUGAUGUGGGUGAGCCAGACCUCUGAGGAUCAAACAGCACAGUGGCCUUGUCCUGAAUCUGACAACAGUGCUCAAAGCCGCUAUAUUGCAAAAGUGGCUAACGAACUACCAUGGGCUUUGAAAGGCCUUCGAGCUCCAGGGCAGCGCCUGAGCCACCAGGAUUUUCUUGCGCUGCUCACUGCUCUGGAAGUUGAAGGCAGUAUCACAGAAAUUUUAGAUAAACUGCGUAGCACUCAGGAAAAUCAAAAGAAGGUAUGGGAAUUGAUAGAGAUAUUCUUGUUACUUGAAGAAGAAGAACAAGCUUCUGAGAAUCCAGAAGAAAAUAAAGGCAAUGACGUGUAG